AUGUGGCGGAGAGGACAGGCGGCCGCCAGUCGACAGCUGGGGGGUGGCCCUGACCUUCCGGAACGAUCAAUGAGGCCCGGGCAGGUCGGAGCCUGGGCGGAAGCCCCUCCAGGCCCCCCCACCCCACGCCCGGCCCUGGGGGCUAUAAAGGGGAGGCGCAGCACUCCGGACCAGGCUGUGAGCGCUCAGCACAGCCCGGCGACCGCCAUGGCCUCCCCGCUGCCCGUUGCGCUCCUGCUGCUGCUGCUGCUGCCUCUGCUCCGGGCCUCCGCCGCGCGGGCCCAGGCCCAGGCCUGUUCCGUGAACCAGACCUUCAUUGAAGUCAAGGAAAACGAGAAUGUCACCAAGCCCCUGGUGGACAUCUACGUCCCUGAGGACCAGCAGGUGACGCUCGGGUCUUUGUCCACCCCGUCCACCUUUCAGAUCCGUAACAACCAGCUGUUUCUCAUCGUGAUUCCCGACUACGAGAACAGUAGGUUGCUGCAGGCACAGCUGGAGUGCAGGCGGGGAGACACAGUGGUGACCCAGCUGAGGGUGUUCGUGUCUGUGCUGGACAUCAAUGACAACCCCCCCAUCUUUCCCUUUACCACCAAGGUCGUGAACGUGAGUGAGGACACCAAGGUGAACUCCAUUGUCAUCCCAGAGACAGACCUCGAGGCCCAGGAUGGUGACAAAGAUGACAUCUUGUUCUAUACCCUCCAGGAAGUCACCCCAGGUGCCAAUGACUUCUUCUCCCUGGUGGGCACAAACCGCCCCGCCCUGAGGCUGGACAAGCAACUGGACUUCUACAGAGAUCAAAACAUGACCUUCCAGCUGCUGGUGCGGGACACGGAGCAGGAGAACGUGGUGCCCAGCCACACGGCCAUGGCCACGCUGACCCUGAAUGUCCUGCCAGCCGACUUGCGUCCCCCCUGGUUCCUGCCCUGCGCCUACUCAGACAAUUACACCUGCAUCCAAGCCCAGUACCAAGGGGCUAUCACCAUAGGACAAAUACCGCCAGAUCCCCUCACCCUGAGUCCAGGGCCCAUCUACGCUGUGGACGGGGACCGAGGCAUCGACCAGCCCAUCAUCUACAGCAUCUUGGACGGAAACCAGGAUGGCGUAUUCGCCAUCAAUGAGUCCUCGGGCAACCUCACCAUGGUCUUGGACGUCCUCAUCCCCACCACCUUCGUGCUGCUGGUCAAGGGCGAGCAGGCCGACUUAGCCCGGUACUCAGUGACCCAGGUCUCGGUGGAGGCCCGUGCAGACCCUGGGAGCCCGCCAAUCUUCUCCCAGAGCCUGUACCGUGGUAGCGUGGCCCUCGGCUCAGGCGCUGGUACAGCCGUCAAAGAUGCAGCCACCCCCUCUCAGCUUCUGAGGAUCCGGGCCCAGAACUUAGAUUCCUCGGCCCUCACGUAUAGAAUCACCAACCACUCAUACUUCAGUAUGGAAGGGGAAGUCCUGCUGACCACAGUCGCGCUGGAGAAUGUGGAGGUCUUCUAUGCAGAGGUUGAGGCCAAGAACACAAUGACAUCCCUCACAGCGACCACAGUCGUCGAGAUACAAGUUAAGGAAGAGGAGACCCUCCCCCCAGGCCCCCCCAGCACCCCUCCAUCCUCAGAGGUUGGAAGGACAACUGGACCCUCAAGCAGUGCCCCAUCGGAAGUCACCAGGCCCCCCGGGCCCUCUCAGGGGCCCUCCACGACCAGCUCUGCGGGGGGCACUGGCCCACACCCACCCUCAGGCACGACUCUGAGGCCACCUGCCUCGCCCACACCUGGGGGGUCUCCCAGCACGGGAGCCAGCACCUCCCCCUCACCAGCCACGCCCAGCCGCGGGGGCUCAGCACCAACCCUGGAGCCAGGAGCCUCUCAGCUGACAUCCCCCUGGCCCAGCAGGACCCCCGGGCCCUCAGGGGGACCUGGGGGAGAGGGAGGCAGCACUGCAGGAGACAGUAACCCAGGCGGUGGCCUUGCCGAAGACCGGCGCUUCUCGGUGACAGAGAUGGCAGUGCUUGGCGGGGUGCUGGGCGCCCUCCUGCUGCUGGCCCUCUUGGCCCUCACCGUCCUCAUCUACAAGAACUACGGCCACAGACUCAAGUAUUGCUCUGGCAAAGCUCUGGAGCCGCAGUCGUGUGGCUUUGACAACCAGGCCUUCACAGCUGACAACGAGGCCGAGUGGGCGCCCGCCCCUGGCCCCGCCCCGGCCAAAGCCCCGCCCCCGGCCCCAGAGGACGAGCCCCCCGCGCCCCCCAACCACUCGCCACCCAGCCCCGUGUCCCCCGCGGCCGCCCGGGUCGAGGGCAGUCCCACGGCCGUGAGGUCCAUCCUGACCAAGGAGCGGCGGCCCGAAGGAGGCUACAAAGCCGUGUGGUUCGGCGAGGACAUCGGGGCCGAGGCGGACGUGGUCGUCCUCAAUGCGCCCACCGCGGACCGCGCCGGCGACUCGGGCAGCGAGAGCGGCGGCGACGAGGACGCAGACCCAGCCCCGGCCGGGGGUCCCGUCGACGCGCCAGACGCCAACUCCACCUACAUCUAGCGCUACCCCGCCCCACAGCAGGGCUGGGCCCCCGAGGGUGGGCAUUCCCCCAGUA